CCCGUGUCUACCUCCAGUGUUCCAGACGUAUUUACUUGACAAAAGACUCUCUGUUUGGGCCUUCUGAAUGGGCCAGACCCGAGCGGAUUUUUAGCAGAAGCGGGCCUCUCUUAUUCUCCCCCCCACUGUAGAGCCAGGGGACCGUGAUAGUGUUAAAAGUUGGGUGGAUUAUACCUUUGAAUAACUGUAUCGUUGGUGAUUUGCUUUGAAAGCAACAAACGCCAGAGGGAGGCAAAAAAACCACGAGACCCGAUUCCGCCUUUCUCAGCUUUCUGGAAAAGCCAGUCUCGUCCCAACCACAGCUCACCUCCCGCCAAUUCGGUGAAACAACCAAGGUACCCCUCCCCUCCUCCCGCCGCCCCAGCAGCUUUCUGGAGCUCGCCCACACCCACUCUCCUUGCUCCUUCGCAAGAGGACCAACUGGGAAAGUCGCCUCUCUCUCUCCGACCGCCGACCGCCCAACUGCUGCUUGCCUUCAGCCUUACCCAUCUGACAAUCCCAAAAUCCGCUUUCAAACUUCAAUCAAACGGCGGCUUUGGCGACUUGCACACACACCCCGCACCCUGCAACAUUUUAAGGGGAGCCCGACCGACUGUCCAACCGGCGACCCCCUUUACAGCCUUACUCCCCGUAAUCCUCCCUCUUUGCCGCCGAUAGUAAGAGUAUCGAUAGUCGAUAGUAUCUUUUCCUCCUCCCACUCCCCCAGCCUAUUCAGUUCUCAACGACGUCGAUCAACAUGGACACCGAGGACGCCGGCGCCCAGGGCUUCGACCCCCGCACCCAGCAGGUCGACAACGCCAUCCGCGCCAUACAGCAGAAGAAGCCGCUCCCUGAGAUUGACUUUACCAUUCAUGUGAUGGAGGACGGCACUCAGGUCAGCACCCAGGAGAGAGUCUGCAAAGAUGUGCAAGCUCCCGCCAUGUACAAGCCCACCGACGACCAAUUCUUCGAGGAUGAGUCGCAACAAAAGCCCAACAUUCAGUUCCUAAAGCAGCACUUCUACCGCGAGGGCCGCUUGACUGAGGAGCAGGCGCUAUGGAUCCUCAAGAAGGGCACCGAGAUCCUCCGCGCCGAGCCCAACCUACUCGAGAUGGACGCGCCCAUCACCGUCUGCGGUGACGUCCACGGCCAGUACUACGACUUGAUGAAGCUGUUUGAGGUCGGCGGCGACCCGGCGGAGACGAGGUAUCUGUUCUUGGGCGACUAUGUCGACCGUGGCUACUUCAGUAUCGAGUGCGUAUUGUACCUGUGGGCGCUCAAGAUUCACUACCCCAAGUCUCUGUGGCUGCUGCGUGGCAACCACGAGUGUCGCCACCUGACGGAUUACUUCACCUUCAAGCUCGAGUGCAAGCACAAGUACUCCGAGGCCAUCUACGAGGCAUGCAUGGAGUCGUUCUGUUCGUUGCCGCUGGCGGCUGUCAUGAACAAGCAGUUUUUGUGCAUCCACGGCGGUCUCAGCCCGGAGCUGCACACGCUGGAUGACAUUAGAAAUAUCGACCGCUUCCGCGAACCGCCCACCCAAGGCCUAAUGUGCGACAUCCUCUGGGCUGACCCCCUCGAGGACUUUGGCCAAGAAAAAACCACCGACUACUUCCUCCACAACCACGUCCGCGGCUGCUCCUACUUCUUCUCCUACCCGGCCGCCUGCCACUUCCUCGAGAAGAACAAUCUGCUCUCUGUCAUCCGUGCACACGAGGCCCAGGACGCGGGGUACCGAAUGUACCGUAAGACCCGCACAACGGGCUUCCCCUCGGUCAUGACCAUCUUUUCCGCCCCCAACUAUCUGGACGUGUACAACAACAAGGCGGCGGUUCUAAAGUACGAGAACAACGUCAUGAACAUUAGACAGUUCAACUGCACCCCCCACCCGUACUGGCUCCCCAACUUCAUGGACGUCUUCACCUGGUCGCUGCCCUUUGUGGGAGAAAAGAUCACGGACAUGUUGAUUGCCAUCCUGUCAACCUGCUCCGAGGAGGAACUCCGCGAGGAAUCAUCCGCCUCCUCGCCCGGUCCAGUAUCCCCCCCCUUGCCCUCGGCCUCGAGCGUCGGGAGCCAAGAUCCGGAAUCGAUCGAAUUCAAGAGACGUGCGAUCAAGAACAAGAUUUUGGCCAUCGGACGACUGUCGAGGGUCUUCCAGGUUUUGAGAGAGGAAUCCGAGAAGGUGUCGGAGCUCAAGACGGUCAGCGGCGGGAGACUGCCUGCCGGCACGCUGAUGCUCGGCGCCGAGGGGAUCAAGAAUGCGAUUUCGAGCUUUGAGGACGCCAGGAAGGUGGACAUUCAGAACGAGAGGCUGCCGCCUAGCCAUGACGAGGUGCAGAAGCAGAAGGACGAGGAGCACGCACAGGCGCUGGAGCGGGCGAAGAGGGAGGCGGAGCAGGAUAAGAAGUUGCAGACGCUGAGUAGGAGGUUGAGCACGGAUCGCAAGCGGUAGUCGAUUCCAAGCUUUUGCUCUUGUGUUUUUGGCUUUUGGAAGAAGAAUGGAGGUGGUGAUCAGGAAACGGGGAAAGAAUUGGCUGUGUUGGUUGGUUAAGUGGAUGAAUGAUGGGCUGGAUCCGUGUACUGUCCAAGUCAGUGUGAGUGUGUGUGGGUGUGUGUUCAAUAAAGGGUCGCGGCGAGAAAGAUACUACCUACAUAUUUUUCCUCUCUCUCAACUUCUCACACCUAAAUCACACACAGUAUCCGUAUGAAAGUAAUGUCAGAUAUAUCGGGUAUUUGUUGCGAAC